AUGCCCGACAUCAACUAUCGUACCAAGUCUUGGAAGCAGCAGGCAGAACUCACCACCGAUGAUGCCAACGAAAUUGCACGCCUACAGGGUGCUCCGGACCUCAAGUUUCAGAAAGGCCAGCAACCUGGCACGUUCGAGCCUCUGAACGAAGCAGAACAAGCGGAAAAAACACCCCCGGACGAUGUCCAACAACGGAAACAGCCACAGAAUAACGACGACGAAUACGAUAAACACGGGUUCGUCAUAUCCGGUACCUGGCUAGCUCGAAAGAAAUUGGGCCAACAAGCAAUGAUCAAUCCUCAAGACGAUAUCGAAGACGAUCCCUACGAUACUUUGAAGACCAUCACCACCACCCACCACAGUCAACAACGUACGGCUCCCAAGUCUGAUAAAAAGCACGAUCCAUUCCUUGAAAGAUCGGCCCCCGGUAAACAACCACUCCUGGAAAGUCAUGUGCAUCUUCAGGGUCUGAAAGAUCACCACAAGUCGCCGUAG